UCCCUGAGAGGCGUGGCGACGUCGUCUUCCGGCGGAGACUAAACAGCGGGCGCUGCCAAGGGCCCUUCUAGGAGGACAGCGAGCAGUCUCGGUGGUGCCGGGUCAUCCGAGCCGUGUCACGUGGCUGGCGAAAGCCGUCGCGGAGGCUGCGGGGAGGAGAAAUGGGCGGGAGGACUGGGGGAUAGCUUGAGACCCGACGACGACGGGGUUGUCAUGGAGCCGCGGGGCCGGGCUCGCGCAUGCGCCACUCUACUCGCGGGUCGUCCGGUCGCGGAGCGGCGACCCCAGUCCUAGGGCAGUCCAGAUGAAAAGAGUACUGAUGAAUGCACUUCCAGCCCAGUAAAACAUGGAGAGGAAGAACCCAUCCAGAGAGGGCUCUAGAAGGCUCUCAGCCAAACUAAGCAAAGGCCCAGAGAUGAAAAAAGUGUCUCGUCAACUCGGCAUGGCAGCUGCUGAGUCAGAUAAGGACUCUGGAUUUUCAGAUGGGAGCUCUGAAUGCCUGAGCUCGGCAGAGCAGAUGGAGUCUGAGGACAUGCUGAGCGCCUUAGGCUGGAGCCGAGAAGACAGGCCAAGGCCGGGCGCCAAGCCUGCGAGCGGUGCAUUUCCAACACUGGCUCCCAUGGUCGUCAUGAAGAACGUGCUGGUCAAACAGGGCAGCAGCUCGUCCCAGCUCCAAUCGUGGUCUGUGCAGCCCUCCUUUGAAGUGAUCUCAGCACAGCCCCAGCUCUUAUUCCUUCAUCCACCUGUACCGUCUCCUGUCAGCCCAUGUCACGCUGGUGAGAAAAAGUCAGACUCCAGGAACUACUUGCCCAUUCUCAAUUCUUACACCAAAAUAGCCCCACACCCAGGCAAAAGGGGCCUUUCCCUCAGCCCAGAAGAAAGAGGAGAAGGUGGAAUGCAGAAGAAGAUCUGUACUGAGAGACUUGGGCCAAGCCUGUCUUCUAGUGAGCCGACCAAGACUGGUGCUGGCCCAUCCAGGCCCCCGACUCCAGCGCCCCCCAGCACCAAGCUCGCCGAGGACUCAGCUCUUCAGGGUGUGCCCUGCCUGGUGGCAGGUGGAAGUCCACAGACGCUUCAGCCAGUGUCCAGCAGCCAUGUGGCUAAAGCUCCCAGCCUGACCUUUGCUUCCCCCGCCAGCCCUGUCUGUGCGUCAGACAGUACCCUGCAUGGGAUGGAGAGCAACUCCCCGCUGUCCCCACUGUCAGCUAGUUACAGCUCCCCUCUGUGGGCUGCAGAGCACCUCUGCCGCAGCCCAGAUAGCUUUUCAGAGCGGCGGCAGAGCAAGCACAGGCGGUUUCAGAAUACCCUCGUAGUCCUACACAAAUCUGGUCUGCUGGAGAUCACUUUGAAAACCAAGGAGUUGAUUCGUCAGAACCAGGCAACUCAGGUGGAACUAGACCAGCUAAAGGAGCAGACCCGGCUAUUUAUCGAGGCCGCCAAGAGCAGGGCUCCUCAGGCUUGGGCCAAGCUGCAGGCGUCUUUAACAUCAGGGUCAGGUCAUACUGGCAGUGACCUAGAAUCAUUCUCCGAUCAGCCAGACAUAUAACAUAGAAGGCAUAUUUUCCUGUUACUUGAGUGGUUCUUUUUAACUCUUUUACCGUUAUCUACUCCUGUUUCCCAAAGCUUAUGUAAGAGCUUUCCUUUUAAACUUAAACUGUUCAGCGGUUCACUUAUGAAGCCACAUGCCAAUACCUGGCUACUGUCUUAACCUGUGGUCUGUGCACAGUUUACUUUUGUCUCCGUUGCACUGAGGACCUCAGAUUUGGGUGUCCUCGAGUCCCUCUUCCUUAGCCUGCAGGCACUUCGAUGGAUCACGGGGCAAAGCGGGAAAGAUGCUUGUGUGGGGCCCUUCUAGCUGUCACUUCCCACCAUCCCACUCACUAACCGCGAUCAGGGAUGCAGUGAUGCAGACAAGCAUACAGAGUGACACCUGUCAAGCCAGGGAGUAGGUGACAUAAGGAGCCCUUCGUGGAUCUCCCCUUGAAGGUCUUAGUCACAGAGGAAAAUAUAAGAGGAGGGUGUUUGCAUUUUACGAGGCUUUGUGCCAUUUGGGAGAAACCUAAAAUGCUUUAAAAUGCUUUGGGCACACAUUGGUCCUCGGAUGCAAGCACUUAAUCACGUAAAGCUUUGUUUCUUUAAACUCGCAAGUCAAGGGGAAAGGGUAGUACCGUUAACUCAUACACUUUAAUCAUAAGCCAGAUUUCUGUUAAACUGGUAGGUGAAAUAUUUCAGAUUUGUAAAGUAUGGAAUGGAUUUAGGACCAUCUGGAGCUACAGUUGAUGAACUGCUUUUUUGACUCAGAGUCUGAAGAAGGAGAAAUGGCUAGCAUCUCUUGGUUGAGAGCUGGAAGAUUCUGAUAAUUUAUGCUUUUUUUCUCUCUCUUCUUUUGAAACAAUGCAAAAGAUUUUCUUAUAUUUGAAAAUCCUAAAAGAGAGCUUCAUGGUUCCCGAUUGUGUAAUACAAGUCAGCCCUCUGCUACCAUCUUUUUUCCCCCUUUGUUUUUACAAAAGAGGAAAGAAAUGAUUAUUAAGCUUGAUAAACUUUGAAUUAAAAUCAUCAUAAGGUUAUGACAUUAAGUCCACAAAAAAUUGGAAAACAUUCUUUUUAUCCAUUUUCUUUCCACAUCCAGAGUUUUCAUUUGUCUUAUGUCACAGUGAUGUGGAGCAGAGUCUUCUGUGUUUCUUUCGUGCACUGGAUUUGGCUGCAAAGCCAAAGGUGUAGUGGGUUAUGUGAAGUCCAUCUAGAAGUGGAGAGUGUUAUGAGAACUUGCAGAUGAUACACGCUCUUUCAGCCUCAUUGUAAACUAGAUUUCUAAGUAGUAAAGUUGCCAGCUUUUUAUCCUCCCAUUUAAAAAUUUCAUCCUCUUGAAAAUCUUUGUACCAGUUACUUUAGUAAGAAAUUCCGUAUGACCAACUUCAUCUUUUCUGCAAGGAAAAUGUUCUUGAAGUUCUACCAAGGCCAGAAGCUAAUGCUCAUGUUUGCUAGGUAGUUGUAACUCUUAACAUAGUUUUAAAAUUACAAGGCUUCGGAUUGCCUGCAUUUUGUUCUCAAACAUGUACAAUUUAGAUAUGACCAAUUUAGAAGUAAACAACUCAGUAAAAUCUUCAGACUCUCCUGGUAAAUGCAGAAAUAUUACCUGCCAUUUGCUUUCUGAAAGAUUUCAAAACUCAGAGCAAAUGUGUCUUUAAGCAGACUCUGCUCCUUUUAAUAGUUUUCUCUUGGCCCACACCCUUUGCCUCCCCUGAAUCUUUGUGGUGCUGCAGGAGCUCUGCUCUGCACGCCAUGCUAGGAAGCUUCCUUUUUGGCAGAGUAUGUUUGGCAGCAGAGCUCUAGAAACAGGUGCCUUCAGAACAGCCUGGGCACCAGUCAUGAGUCUUACUGAGUCAAAAAUCUGAACACACUUGCUGAUAACCAAAUUUAUUCCUUCAGAAAAACCCUCUGUGGAGCUUUAUGCGUCUUGGACUCUUCUUCCUAGAUUAAGGUUUGCAUUCCCUCCUGUCAGGUGAAAGAUGAUGAAAGCCGUCAUUGAUCCUCACUGCUGAGUGACAGGGAGAAGCAGCACCGCCCCCCGGCUCUUCUCUGAUGUUGUAACUCAGUGUGGAAGUCUCUCUGGGCUCUUAGCAUGGGUGUUCUUUACCUAGUGGAGCAGUAAGCAGAUGAAGCCACUUAGAGAAGCUGGUCGUGGAAGGAGAGAUCCACUGAGGCUAGCAGACACGUGAGGCCAGAAACCAGAUCGGCAAAUGGAGGAACCUCGGAGUUGACUGGAAGGAUCUCCGUUGGUUUCACAAGGCUGUAAGUAGUAAUGGUUUUAGUGAUGCGUGAUUUGAUCUGGUAUGAAGUUCUGUGGCAAAGCUGCUGUUUUCUAAAAGCCAUUCUUAGCUCAAACCAGCCCUUAAGAGAAGUUUUGGCAGACUGUGCUGGCAGUAUUGAAACACGUCUAGAAAAAGCUGCUGAUUGAAUUGGUUACGGGAAUGGAGUUUGGUGACAUUUGUAAUUUACUACACUCAUUGCUUUUUAUUGAUUGUGGUAUUGUCUGACUUUACUAUGAUUCCUUCAGCAGAAAAGUAACUCUCGUGCAUAUAUUGAAGUGUUUUUCCAGCUAUGAAUUCUUUAGGGUAGAGAUUUAUUUACCAAAUGUGAAUUCUUUUGAGGAAGUAUGAAGUUUUGUAGAAAUUGACUGUGAAACGUCAGAGAAAAAUAAAAGUCACUUACUUGAAAA